AGCAGAAUGCUUCUUUCCAAUGAUACUCAAUUUCACCCUAUAUCCUUCCUUUUGCUGGGAAUCCCAGGAUUGGAAGAAAUGCAUAUCUGGAUUGGCUUUCCCUUCUGCUCUGUAUAUCUUAUUGCCCUCUUGGGAAAUCUUACCAUCCUCUUUGUGAUUCAGACUGAACGCAGCCUCCACCAACCAAUGUUCUAUUUUCUAGCCAUGUUGUCCACAAUUGAUCUAGGCUUGUCCACCUCCACCAUCCCCAAAAUGCUUGGUAUUUUCUGGCUUAACCAAAGAGAGGUUAGCUUUGGGAGCUGUGUUGCCCAGAUGUUCUUCAUUCACAUGUUCACUGCCAUGGAAACUGUUGUGCUUGUGGCCAUGGCUUUUGAUCGUUACGUUGCCAUCUGCCACCCCCUUCGGUAUAGUAUGAUACUGACCAACAGAACCAUUGUUAUCACUAUGACAAUUUUGUUUCUCAUUAAUUUCAUUUUGGUGUUUCCAAUGGUGUUUCUCAUCUUGAGGCUGCCCUUCUGUGGUCACCAUAUUAUCCCUCACACUUACUGUGAACAUAUGGGUAUUGCCCGGUUGUCUUGUGCUAACAUUAAAAUUAACAUGAUAUUUGGAUUAAUUCUUAUAGCUAUGGUAUUUGGGGAUGUAAUUCUUAUUGCCAUCUCUUACCUAAAGAUCCUCCAUGCUGUUUUCCUCCUCCCUUCCAGGGAAGCUCAGCUCAAAGCUCUCAAUACUUGUGGCUCCCACAUCUGUGUCAUCUUGGCCUUCUUCAUUCCAGCCUUCUUCUCCUUUCUCACUCACCGAUUUGGCCAUAAAGUACCGGGCUACAUCCAUAUCCUACUGGCUAAUUUGUAUGUGGUUGUACCACCUGCACUCAAUCCUGUCAUCUAUGGAAUCAGAACUAAACAGAUCCGAGAACUGGUAUUGAGGGUCUUUAAGAAAAAGUGAUUUUCAUCAGUAUGUCAUAAAGAAAUGAAUUUGUGUUAUU